AUGAUCCCUCCGCCAGACUCGCUGCUGUGCUACGAUAACCCGGUGCUAAUUACAAAGAACACCGCAGAGAGAAAGUCCCCCAAAGUAAGGAGUAAACCGUGCAUAAUAUUACUUUGAUAUAAACUGACACUGAUUUUUAUUUCUAGCCUGAGAUUCAAUGGCCAGGGUUGAGGGGACCCAGUAACUGGCUGCCCCAGCUCAUUACAAUUCCAUCUUUCUUAUUCUGUUGAAUGUGUGUAGCAAGCUGUAUAAAUGGAUUUUAAUUGCUCUUGUCACGGUAUUUAACCCCUUAAGGACACAUGACGUGUGACAUGUCAUGAUUCCCUUUUAUUCCACAAGUUUGGUCCUUAAGGGGUUAAAGAAACAUUUUUGAAGCACUACUGUAGUGGUUAUAGUGCCAGGAGUGGCAUGGUGGUGUCCAAUGGUAAGGAGUCAAUCAAUGCAAUGUUUUGUGGACCCAGGACAUACUUGAAAACUAGAGAAAUCUCAAUGUAUCCAUCCUGGUAAAAUAUUUUAUAAAUAAAUACAUUUUAAGUACGGUUUACAACUUGCUACAUCCAGUUAUCUCCUGCAGUAGAAGCCUGAUGUCUCUGUAGAUCCAGGACGCUGUCAGAGAGCGCUCUGCUGAUGCUUUCAGCCAGUGUUAUGGGGUGGCUCGGCAUAGCUCAAUAAAGCUCCAGUUGUAGAGUGGUAGAUGGGCUGCGCAAUGCAUGCUUUUCAGGACCCAGGUAAACCCCAAUACUACUUUCCUUUAUAUCCACAAUAAAUUUAGAUGGAAUGACUAUAGUUUUUUUUUUUUUUUUUUUUCAUACCUUCAUAGCAUGUAAGCUCAUCGAGCAGGGCCCUCAACUGUACGUCCAGUGGUGUGAUCUCAUUUAUGUGUCUGUUAGUCCUCCCAUUGUACAGCGCUACGGAAUUUGUUGGCGCUCUAUAAAUAAUAAUAAUAGACAUGUAUUCAAAUGUUUUAUUCCUUUAUUAGUAAAAUGUAUACUUUUCCAUUAUGUUGCUUUCCUUGCAGUUUUAACAUUUGCAAAAAAUUCCAGGGACACAUUCCAGCAAAUUCAAGUGAAAUUAAAAUGUAAACCACACCCACCAGUGCUUUCCACUGUUCAGCCCACUUUGCUUUACUCCAAAUACCCAUGUAUGGUUCUCGUUUUGACAGGACAGUCCUGUUUUCGGAAUCCUGUCCUGCCGUUCCAAUUUUGUUUGUUUGUAUCCCACAUUACUGCAUAGCAACAACUCAAUUGAUAGUCAAGAAAACUCCAAAUGUGGGACACCAGGGAAAUAAAUUGCAGCAGUGCAACAGGACCCAUAAAUCUGAACUGUUGGGGGGGUCUGUUAUGGGUGCCACCACUGACGUAAGUCACAUCAAUGGCAAUUUCCUCCGACGUUGGUUCCUGAGUGGAGCUGAGUGCGCACGCAUUAAAAACGCCCAUAGGAAAGCAUUACUCAAUGCUUUCCUAUAGACGUCCAGCGUCUUCUCACUGUGAUUUUCACAGUGAGAAUCGUGGAAGCGGCCUCUAGUGGCUGUCAGUGAGACUGGAUUAAUCCUGGAGUGUAAACAUAGCAGUUUCUUUGAAACUGCUAUGUUUUCAGCUGCAGGGUUAAAACUAGAGGGGCCUGGCACCCAGACCACUUCAUUGAGCUGAAAUGGUUUGGGUGCCUAUAGUGGUCCUUUAAUUGAUGGGUGUUUUACACUGAACUAAUGAAAGCAAAUAUUUUACUUAUAAAGUCCUUUUGAAUUCACUUUUUCUGGGAUAUUAUAUUUAGUAAAAUAGUACUUUAACCCCUUAAGGACCAAACUUCUGGAAUAAAAGGGAAUCAUGACAUGUCACACUUGCCAUGUGUCCUUAAGGGGUUAAAUUAAUAUUUCAUGGGACAGAGAAAAAAUAAAUUAAAAAACAAAAAAUACUAUUUAAUAGAUAUGCCUUUUUUAAUCUAACACAGUUUGUCAAAGCUGCAGGUCUCAACAAAAUAACGGGCAUACAUUAAGUUUCUGCCCUUCUACAGACACUAUAGUCACCAGAAGUACUGCAGCUUAAUGUAGUUGUUCUGGUGCCUACUGCCUGUUGCUGCAGGCUUUUUAAUGUGAACACUGCCUUAUGACAGCAUUUUCAGACUUGAAAAUGAAUAUAAAUAAAAAGCAGUGUUUACAUUACUGCCUAAUCACUGCCUAUAACAGCUGGUAUUAAUCCACAGUUAUUUGAUAAGUAAAUGGUUGAUUAAUAAAAGAAAACACAUUUUAGGCCAGUUUAGCUAAGUGUGACAUUUUAUUUUAGCUUUACAGAUUAUUUGGUUCUGCAACAUCAAAGCAAAUUUCCUUUUUUUUUUUUCUAUUUUGGUUCAGUGUACAGUGACAUCUGGAAAACACUUGAGUUACAUGUAAUGAUGGUGCUUUAAAAAAAAAACUGAAAGUCCAUAAAACAAAACAGAAUCAGCUUUGUGGAACAUUAGACAAUCUUUUGGCAAAGCCCCACACAUGAAACACAUACAGAAUCCCAGGUGGCUGGGGCACUGGCAACUAGGGCAGUUUUUUAACAUUCAUUUCCAAUAGAAUAUAAAGCAUGCAUUUCACGAAGCACCCAAUGACUACUCCUUGAGGUUUAUUUUUAUUCAUUUUCAAGUCUGAAAAUGCUAUCAUAAGGUCAUAGCUGGUGUAUUAUUUUAUUAACCCCUUUGUGACCACACAAUUCUGAGAUUUUGUGCCUCCCCUCCCUUCCCUUUAGCACCCAGCUGGCGGCCGCAUCUCUUGUCUGUGGGCCCAGCCAUGAUCUUUGAUCUCCCCACCAGCCCAUGGAGACACUAUGUAACCUGCCACUCGGAUAGAGCCGACCCUGCACGCAUGGCCGGGGAGAUCCUGUGAUCUCCCUGCCGGCCUCGGCCCCACGGCCAUCGCGGCCCACCGGGCAUUUGCCCGGUAUGCCCGAUGGCCAGUCCGGGCCUGAGUAGAGCAUUGAACCUGCUUCAAAAGUUGUGUUAAUCUUGAACAUUCCUCCGCGGAAAUUAUUUGGAUGAUUCAGAACGCUUUUAGGGAUGACGGUGCAGCACAAGUAAAAGUGUGGCACAAACGCUUCAAAGAUGGUCAAAAAUCUGUUAAAAGUAAUCCAUGUUCUGGAAGGCCUGCAUCAAGCAGAACACAUGAGAAUGUUGAACGUGUACAGGCUGCAAUCAACACAAAUCUGUCACUCUGAGUGUGCGAGAACUAGAAGCUCAUGCAUUAGAGUUGAGCAUGAACGUGGGCUCCUGGUGGUUAAAUCACCAAGAGCUGAAGAAAUAAUGUGACAGAGCUGCUUUAAAUCAAUUCUGAAUGUUUUAACAGUGAAUCAGGGUGUCCUGGUGCCCUUGGUUCCCUCUGCAAGAAUGGCAAAAGUGAAGCCACACUUCUCCUUAUGCCACAGAAAAUCAUUUAAGCAAUAGCUGGCAGUUUUGGGUUGAAUACAUUAGCAAAUUAUGGUACCAAACCAUUACACAAAAAUAUAUAUUUAUGUAAAGUAGACCUCCAGGGUAUUUAAUAUUGACAGUUUUUCUUAGUUCCACUUUAACCAGUUGUGUGGAUAUAUGCUCAUGCCCAUUUGCCCUCAUUAGUAUCUGGCUGAGGGGGCCAUUAGGGAUGGAAAUUGCAGGUAGGGCAGCAGGCAGCUUACUGUACUUAGUUUGCAUGCUUGCUGCUACCCUGCAAAGAGUCUAGUGCUGGCUCAACUCAUCAGCCAGGUCCUUGGUGGUCCAGUGGUAUAACUGACACUGUGUACACCUUCUGGUAACCCUCUAUGAUAUCCUCUCCCUCGCAGCUCCGGUGCUCAGCUAGUGAGUCCGAGCGCAGUCGAGGGGAUUCCCAUCCUGCCUUCUGACUCCAUUCUGAGUGCCGAAACAGUGAGGGAGAGGAUAUCACAGGAAGGGGUGCAUAGCAUACGUUAUACCAUUAUAACAACAGGUACCACAUAACAGCAACUGCAGUGGUUCCACCGCACAAGGCAUGGAGGCAGGGUGCAGGCAGGUUCAUUUGGACUGAUAGAGAGAGUAAGUGUUUCUAUGUGUGUCAGUGUAUGCAUGUGCGCAUGUCUGUCAAUGUGUGUGGAUCUGUGCAUGUGUGUUAGUAUGUACAUCUGUGCAUAUAUGUCAGUGUGUGUAUUUGUGCAUGUGUGCCAAUGUUAAUGCGUGUCGGUGUACGUAUCUGUGCAUGUGUGUCAGUGUUUGUGUGUGUCAUUGUAUCUGUACAUGUUUGUGUCAGUGUGCAUAUCUGCACAUGUGGAUUUUUCAUGUAUAUUAAUUUGUGUCAAUGUAACUGUGUAUGUGGGUCACUCCGUGUGUGUAUCUCUUGUAGUGGAUCUCUGUGUAUAGAUGUCUCUGGGCUUCUCUGUGACAGUGUGUGUUUCUGUGUAUUGAAAUGUACUCCUGUAUGUGUUUGUGGCAGACUGGCAGUGCAUAUGUAUUUGUGAAUAGACAUUUGCAUGCAAUCACUAAUAUGACACACACCACAUCCUGCAUUCAAAGGCCAACUUUGCCAUGUUUUUUUUUACAAACUUCAUUGAUUGGCUGAGAGCACUGGGCUUACGCAUCCCCAGCACUCACAUGCAUUUGUGAAAUAUUUGGCAUUAAACAGGAGUAAAGCACUGAGACACUCUAGGCAAAGCAGCAUAUUUCAUACACAGCAGUAAGGAUUUUUAUUUAAAAUAAAGUAAUAAAGUAGUGGAAAAAUUUGGUUUAUUAUUAUUGGUUCGGCAUCAGGCAUUGCAUUCUUUUUAGGCUAACAAUUAAAUGUAAUGUGCUUGUGAUUUUAGUUUAUGACAUUUUCAAAUGUUUAUCUUUCAGUCUCGAAUUCUGAAAACUAGUACACAGCAGGCGGUGCCAACGGUUCCAGUACCACCUCCUCCAAAGACCUUAGACGCUGCAAAACCCCCCGAAGAGAUCCUAAAUGCAAUUCUACCUCCUCGGUAAGUGAUAUGUUACUGCAACAAACAUAUUUUUUUUAAUAGUGGCAAUAAAUACCAAAGUAGCAUCAACAUUUUUUAUUUUACCUAUUGUACCCUUUAUAAUUUUGCUCUCUUUAAUUUUGUUGCAUAAAUUACAAACAAGCAUUUAUUUUCUAUUUAACAGCCUCGUGAGGUAAUAUAUCAAAUUGUUGGGAUUAUAGGCACAUUGCAAGGUUUGUGCUAGUAUACAAAAAAAAUAACCAAUAUCUAUAAUGGCACAAAUACUUAACUUGUAUUGCUUUACCUUUAACUUUGUGGCAGUUAUCCCUGAGACUUCUCCUCUAAAGCCUCCUUUACAUCAACACGUAUGUAAAAUAGAUAUAGAGUUUCAACUUUUCACUAAAAGAAUAUAAAGCAGAGCAAUAACUUGUAACUGCUUGGACUGGUGCAACUAAAGGGAAAAUUAUGCACUCAGAGUAUUUUAGAGAUAAUGCGCUUAACAGGUGCCUCCCCACAGUGCUACAGGGUCUUACUAUACACUGUGUUCUACUCCCCAUGUAUACCCUCAGCGGUUCUCACCCAAAGCACACAGAACACGUAUGCUGUUCUGAAGACUUAUUCAAUAAAAUAGCUUAGGACAACAUUGUUUUAUACUGGUUUUAUGGAAUACAUCUCCAUAACCGCUUCCAGGUAUAAAUGGGAUGUUUUUUUCUGACUUAUUUGAUAUUCUGAGCAUUUUAAUAUGUCAAAUAUCUGCUCUGUACCUUGCACACAGGGAAUGGAUGGAAAACAAUCAGUUGUGGAUUCAGCAGGUAUCCAGCACACCAAGCACUCGAAUGGAUGUACUACACUUACAAGAAAACCUGGAUUUGAAACUACAGCAAAGACAGGCCAGGGAAACUGGAAUCUGUCCUGUGCGCAGAGAGCUGUACUCACAAUGCUUCGGUCUGUUCUUUGUAAAUCUCUUGUCUCCUGUUGUCUCUCUGUCUUUUGAUUUGCCUGAGUAGGGAGUUAAAGGGACACACAAGAUCCUCAGUACGCAGCAGAAAAAAAAACUUGGUUGGUGAAUUUUUCCAACUUGGUCUGUAGUUUGUAAUCCCUGUCUCAGUUCUUAAAUGAUUCUUCUAUAUCGGUGCAGUGGAUAAAUACUUAUAGGUUUUUCUGAUACUAUGGGGAUAUCUUGGUAUCAGCAUAACCGCAUAUUUGUUCCCAGCCAUUGCCCUCAGCCUAUCACUGCCAUCCAGGUUUUCAUAAUUAUAUUUAAGGUCAAGUCCUGGUUUUUUAUUUAUUGUUUUUUUUUUUUGUUUUUUUUUUUUCAGAAUAGUCUCUUUGACACCCAAAGACUAUUUGCACCAUAACCACUACACUAAGUAAAUUAAAUGCACAUAUAUCAGAAAUAUUUUAGUUGCAUUAACUCAUGUAGAAGUCAGUUGAUUCUUAUGAAUAUGAUAGACCAUGGGGAGAUACCUGUAACUUACUUUAUGAAAACUCUCUUUUUGAUGGCAGAUGAGCUGAUCAGACAGGUAACAAUUAAUUGUGCUGAGCGUGGGAUCCUUCUGCUAAGAGUCCGUGACGAGAUCCACAUGACCAUAUCUGCAUACCAGACAUUGUAUGAAAGCAGUGUAGCCUUUGGUAUGAGGAAGGCCUUACAAGCCGAACAAGGCAAAUCAGACAUGGAAAAGAGGGUAUGUAUAAACUUAUAUCAAAGGUAAAUAUUUUUUAUUUUAUUUUUUUAUUGAAUGGAAGCGAAUGUGGGCCAACCCGUGUACUGAAAACUAUAUAUAUAUAUAUAAAUAUUAUGCAGUACUCUUAUAGGCACAUUUUCCGUCAUGGAGUUAAAAAAGGAAUAAGCAGUAAAAAAAAUCUGCAUUCAUAUAUUCUGAUUUUAUUAAAUAUGUAAUGUUUAAAAAAAAAAAAAACUAAUUGUGCUCCUCAAUUUUUUGCUCAUUUGGUUACCUUCCACUUGAUCUAUGAACAAAAUCAAUCAAUCCAAUUUUUUCCCCAUAAAUGAUAUGUUGUUUUGGCAUCAAGGUAAAAACUCUGAAUCACAAAGCUGUUCGUCCAUUGUCUGUUUUGGUUGUUUUAUGAAACAUCCAUAUGGCACUUUGGAGUUAUAGAAUUCAGAUGACCCGUCAAUCAACCCGAAUUCAGAUGAAUUGAAACCGAAUGCACAUGUCUAUCAGCUUCCAAAUUCAAGGGUAAACCUGUUGCCAUGUUGGAGUCGGAAAUUUUUUUUCCCCAUUUCCUGUCAACACCUGGGGUUUUCCCCUUCAUUUUGAAUAAAUUUAAGAAAAAGUGAUAUAAGAUGGGAAAAACCAUAUUGAGUCCAAAUAAGUGUGAAAUAUAUCAAUGCAUAACCAACCUCAUUUCAACUAUGGCACAACUUAUUAAGUUAGCCGGUGUGGUAUCUCAUUUGGUAAAUUCCCUGACUAUUCAAAAAUAUUCAAAAAUGCAAGGUCACAGGUUAAAAUCCUGGCAGGGUCAACUCAGCCUUUCAUCCUUCCGAGGUUGAUAAAAUGAGUACCAUCAUUUGACCUUAAGAACCUGUGAAAGGGAAUGUGGUAACAAAUAGAGCUAGGACCACUAUUCACUUUAAAAUGUAUGUCAGUUAGGAUAGUACCAGUGCCAUCCAGGGCAUGUACCCUUUUAAAUCCUGUACCUUUCCGUGUAUAAGACGCCCCAUGUAUAAGACGACUCCUGUUUUUUUGAGCCCAAAAUUAAGAAAUAAAUAUUUUAAACAUCAAAUAUGACAACUUUGAUAUUUUAGAGAUAACUUCUGAGGAGAACAACACACUUCUGAUUCUCAUGCCUCCCCUCUGCUAAGGUACUCUGUGAAGUUAAUGGCUCCAUAGUGCAUGAUGGGAGAUUACAGCCCCCACAAUACAGCAGGUGGUCCCUGAUCACCAUUUCCUCCCUAUAAAUAUAAAUCAGAAAUCAAGAACUACCUGCAGUGGAGCAAACCUUAAUAUGGCUGCUCCUUUUAUGGUGUGGCAUGUCUCUUGAGCUCCUUUGGUGGUAAGUGCUGACGUCUGCUGCAGCUCCAACUCAUAUAGGGACCUCUUCCUCCUUGCCACAGCAUUCAGAAGGGGAUCGGCAGGAGAGAAGCCAGGUAUGUGUGUGGGCCAUGGUUCACUGAAAUGUGGCAGGUGCCAUCUUAACUUAGGCCCUGCGCACAAGUGUUUUUUUUUUUAAACCUCUGCAGUGACAUUCUGGAAUAAGACAGCCCCCAAGUUUAGACUAACUUUUUUAAACCAUAGUAUUUUAUACAUGGAAAAUACAGUAUGUAUAAUCUAAAAUUUAAAAGUCUCCUACUAGGGGAUCCAAAAUCUGGUAAUGAUUUAAGACGCACAUACUAUAAGGUAACUAAUAAUUAAAUUAUUAAAAAAUGAGAGCUGGUGAUUUUGGAUACAAAUUAGCAGCAGCUUUUUGCAGGAUAGACAAUGUACCUAGAUUCUCAACAGGAUUUAUUGUCAAGAUGCCAAUUAGAUCACUAAAGUAGCUGUCUGUUAUCCAGCUGCUGCUAAAUAAAAAUUUAAAUUGAAUGGGAAUAGGUAGCCUAUUGUUGCUAAACAAAGAGUGCAUUUGUAUUCCUAUUCUUGAAACAGAGUUUAUGUAUACAUAUUCACACACUUGUUGGUAUAUUAAUGGUAAGAAUGACAACUAAAUCAAUUAGGCGGUGAGAAGGUACUCUGCCACUAAAGAAAAUUAUAUUAUAGCCUUGCAUGUCUCAGAAAAGACAAAGUGGAGGAGGCAGCCUACCUGUACUAAUUUAGCUAACUCCAAUAGUAUAUCCAAGAAAAAAAAAAAGUAUUUUUUUUUUGUGUUCCUUUCCUCAAUAAAUUGUACAAUGCAUCCUACCUGUUGUACCCAUGGAGUUUAUAGUGGGUUCCAAUAGGGUAUAAUUGGUAAUCAAAGAUGGAACUGGAAGUGAUCUCCCAAAUACAGAGCCUUUAAAUGACCUAUACUGCAGUUAUCUCAAUACUUAAAGGCAUAUUGAUAGUACCAUCUGAUUUAUGAAAUCUGGUAAGGAAAAAAUUGUUAACUUAGUGCUCUCAAAAGAAAACCUCCCAAUGUAAGUUACUCUAAUGGAAGAAGAUAUGUCUGAUCAGAAAUGAAAGCUAUUGCCUAAAUGCAGAAGCAAACCCCUUGAAAAAUACAUAUUUUCGUUGUCUCCAUACUUGGAGACAACCUACAAUGCCUCAAAUAUUACCUUAGCCUGAAGCCAAUACCUCGGUUAUCUCAGAUUGACGAGAUAGCCUACCAUCAAACAAGGCUGUUUCCUUAAACUAAAUUACAAUCACCCAAACCACCCCUGGAUUGGCAUGUCAGAAGAGUGCUCUGUGAAUAGAAACAAAUUCCGGAAUUUGGUUUCGGUGCCACACCUUCGUCAGGAGAAGUACCAUAUUAGAAAUGUCCAUAUUUGAAAUUUCCUUGGUUUAUAAACAGGCUGCUCACUGUUUAGUAGACAUGCUCCUACUCACGACAUAGCGAAUAGGGGCAGGUGGGAGAAUUUAAUCUCCCUUAUUUACUAAGUAGUUUUUUUACUUCGUAUUAGUAAAGUUGGUUGAAAGAAAAAAAAAAACAGCUUUUUAGUAGAUAGCUCCCUAAUACUGUGGGAAUUAGGGGAAUUAUAUAAGAUGCAGCUGCGGCAUGUAUCGGAAAUUUAAUUUUCCGAAUAAAUUCUUGUGAAUUUUGUUGUAACAAGGCUGUCUAUUUUCUUUCCUUAACUGUUGUGGAAAAAGUAAAGUGGUUAGGCAAUUAUUGUUUUUUUUUUUCAUUGUUUAUAGUAGUAUGACUAAUUAAGAAGAUGAUUGUUUGACUCCUUUCAUGUUAUAUGUCUACUGAAUGACCAUGCAAUUUAUCCAUGGAUUCUGCUAUGUAAAUGCAGUGUGGUGUUUAGUAAAGUUCCACAAUAUGUGGCUCAAAGACUUGAAUGACUGGUACCAGGUGGGCCUUAUGCUUUUUUGAGCGGGCACAAUUUGUGGGAUAAUUUUCUUCAUAAAUAAAUGCAAGUGCAUCUAGGCCACACAUAGGUAUCAGUUUAACAUUUUUUGAUAUGCUUGUCAAAUGCAUUAAAUAUUAUAGAAAAACUUAACAAAUGAUUUGCUAAAGAAAUUCCAAUAGACUUUAAAGGAUACUUCUGUAUAAAUAUGAUUUGGCAAGUUUUUUUUCUAACAGAUUUGAAUAAUUAGAAAAUCAAUCUUAAAAUGUUUUAUCACCUGAAUUACUACUCUUUCACUAAAUGAACACGGAAGGCUAGUUUGUAACAUGUUAUGUCAUGUUACUACCACAUUAUUAGUUUUAACCAAAUGUAAUAUGGAGGUAGCAUAAAAUGGAAAAACACAAUUCUUAUAAGAUUUAUACCUCAUUGCAAAGAAAUAAUGCCAUAUUAAUAACAUUAGCAUGAUGUCUAGCUGUAUAGACAUGUGUCUUAUGGCGAUUGAGUGAUGCAUUGGAUUCUGCCCCAGUGGAAGGUUAGAAGCGCCCCUCAUCUUUGUGUAAAGUAAUAGAGAUUUUGUCAUGAUAAUCUCAUACCUUUAUGUCUGCAGAUUGCUGACUUAGAGUCGGAGAAGAAGGAUCUAGAGAAACAAGUUAAUGAACUGAAGGCAAAAUGUGAGGCUACGGAGAAACGUGAAGCAGAGAGACGGCAAGAGGAGGAGAAGAAGCAUGCCGAGGAGAUUCAGUUCCUUAAACGAACAAAUCAACAGCUAAAGGUGAAGCUCCUAAAAAAAACAUAAAAGCCUUUCCAUUGAACCACUCUUGGAUUAAAGGCACACUAUAAUCACCUCAACAACUUUAGCUUAAUUAAGCAGUUUUGGUGUAUAAAUCAUGCCCCUGCAGUCUCACUGCUCAAUUAUCUGCAAUUUAGGAGUUUUAUCACUUUGUUUAUGCAGCACUAGUCACACCUCCCUAAAUGUGACUAACACAGGCUACCUAAACACUUCCUGCAAAGCGACAUCAAAUGUUUACAUUUCCUUUAUUGCAAGUUCUGUUUAAUUUAGAAUUUCUUAUCAUCUGCUCUGUUAAUAGCUUACUACCAUGCAGGAUCCUCCUUUGUGUGCUUAAAGUUCAAUAUACAGAGCAGGAGAUAAAAACGAUAAAAAAAGAAUAAGUUACAUCUGAUUCAAAAUGAAACCAUUUUGUUUUCAUGCACGCUGUGUCGUCAUAGACAGGGGAAGUGUGGCUAGGGCUGCAUAGACAGAAACAAAAGUUAUGUAACUUCUAAAUGGCAGUACAUUGAACAGUGAAACUUCAGAGGCAUGAUCUAUAUGCAAAAACUACUUCAUUAAAGGGACACUAUAGGCACCCAGACCACUUCAGCUCAUGAAAUGAAAGUGGGGACAACUUUUUGGCUACUUUCUGAGCCUUUAUCAAGUCAUGAUAAAGGCUCAGAGAGGAGAUGAAACAUUGUCUCCACUUCCUUGUUUCAAAUAAAAAUACUGCCUUUUAGAAGAAACCUCAGGUGUGCCUGGACUUUUUUUUUUUUCUUCCAGUGUCAGUUAGGUGACCAAAAGUGGACAACCAGUAGUUGACAACCAGUAGUAGACAACCAGUAGUGAUGUCCCGAACGGUUCGCGGAACGGUUCGCCGCGGACGGCGAACAUAUGCGCUGUUCGGUCCGCCCCUAUGUCAUCAUUGAGUAAACUUUGACCCUGUACCUCACAGUCAGCAGACACAUUCCAGCCAAUCAGCAGCAGACCCUCCCUCCUGGACAGCCUCCAUUUUACAUUCAUUGUGAAGCUGCAUUCUUAGUGAGCUGUCCAGGAGAACCAUUAGGCGAACCGUUCGGGACAUCACUAACAACCAGUAGAAGUGGAAUUAACCCUAGAAGGUAAUUAUUGCAGUUUCUUGCAUAUUUACCUGCUCAGAGUUAAGGGACCUAGGACGCAGUGGUGGAAAGCUUAUUAUAUUAGGGCAUCGAGAACAGUCCUGCCUGAAGAUAUGGCAGUGUAGAAGCCAUUUUUGGAAAUGAUUCUGCAGAAGACAUUUGACUUAUUUAGGCAUUUCUGAUGUAGACAAAAAACUGCCACACCAGAUUCUGCCUUUAUCUUGUUGAAGAGAGCGAGUGUAUGUUUCUUUUGAAAAAAACAAGUUUUUUGAGACUAUAUUUAUAAUGUGGAUUGGGCCAUAUUCAUUUGGAAGACUGCUUUUCAUUAUUAUAACUAAUUUUCAUUAUUUAUGUACAGUUAUCAUGCAGUGCAACCAAGUAAAAUAAGUUAAAAAAAUAAUAAUAAUUCUGGCACACUAAAUAACAUGUGCAAAAUUGUUUAUGCUAAACAAAACUUUAAAAGAAUCAAAAAAUGUUUGUGCACCAAACACAUAACAGGUGGAAAUACAUAUAACAGUUUAGAGCUGAUUUAAACAUAGAAUAGUGAAAAAAAGUUUUCUUAUAAAGCCAGUUGAGGUUCAGUAUAAUGAUAUAAAUAGCAUUUUUUAAAGUACUUGAUACCUGUCAUUUAACUAGUUUAUCAUUUCUCUAAACCCAUUUUUUUAUCCAAUUCUUUUUUUUUUUUUUUACAUUUUGUCUGGAAAAUUAGCAGAUUUUAUAUUUUCAUAUUUACCAACAACAAAUCUGGUCCAAAUGUGGUCAUCUCUCGGUAGAGGGAUUGUUAUUUAUAUUAAAGGGACACUAUAGUCACCUGAACAACUUUAGCUUAAUGAAGCAGUUUUGGUGUAUAGAACAUGCCCCUGCAGCAUCACUGCUCAAUCCUCUGCCAUUUAGGAGUUAAAUCCCUUUGUUUAUGAACCCUAGUCACACCUCCCUGCAUGUGACUUGCACAGCCUUCCAUAAACACUUCCUGUAAAGAGAGCCCUAUUUAGGCUUUCUUUAUUGCAAGUUCUGUUUAAUUAAGAUUUUCUUAUCCCCUGCUAUGUUAAUAGCUUGCUAGACCCUGCAAGAGCCUCCUGUAUGUGAUAAAAGUUCAAUUUAGAGAUUGAGAUACAAUUAUUUAUGGUAAAUUACAUCUGUUUGAAAGUGAAACCAGUUUUUUUUCAUGCAGGCUCUGUCAAUCAUAGCCAGGGGAGGUGUGGCUAGGGCUGCAUAAACAGAAAUAAAGUGAUUUAACUCCUAAAUGACAGUGAAUUGAGCAGUGAAAUUGCAGGGGAAUGAUCUAUACACUAAAACUGUUUUAUUUAGCUAAAGUAAUUUAGGUGACGAUAGUGUUCCUUUAAUGGGAAUAAAAUGGCAACAGAGAACAGUGCCAGCAGUUGGGAAGGUAAAAAAAUGUGCCACUGGGCAGCUAUUGCUACACAGCAACUUAAGACCAAAUUCCAUUAUCAAUAGGAUGAGGCUUGUAAAUUAAUGCAUUAAGUGGGGGAUAUUAAUUUAAAGUUCCCACAAUAAACGCUACUCCCACUCUUAAAACGCCAAAAAACAGAUCCGUAUGAGUCCCUUGGGUUUGGCUCCAACUGAGCAUUCAACAGGGAACAGGGAAAGGCCUUCCCCCUAAAAAGUAUUUAGAAAGGGGAGCUUAGAAGCCAAUGAAUCACAGUUCUCUGAUGAGCAAACAUUAUCUCUUGCAAGACUUGCCUGGUGUUUUUUUUAGAAUAUACAUUACCAGGCAAAGGCUUGAUGUCCAGAGCACUGUAGGCAAAUGGCUUGAAUUUUUAACAUUUGAAUCCAGAUAACCCUUGGGAUCUGAAUAUUUUAGCAUCCUGCCCAGUUUACAGACAUCGGCUUCGGCAUCCAGACAGGCUGAAAUCAGCACAGGAUUCUGGCUCAUUUGGAGCCAUUGUUACAAAAUCCAGACAUUGAGAAAUAAUGUGAACAAUGUCUGGAUAUUGCAGUCUGAAUGCUACAGGAAGAUCUGGAUACAUUUUACAAUUUAAUGCUGGGGCAGUCAGGCUUCUCUAAAUAAACCCCAAUGUUUAAACAUUAUAGCACAGCACAUUUAGUCUUGCUACAUCAGCACUGCACUUGUUUUGUUGCAUCGGAAUGUAUAAAAACAGGUGUACAUCAAUACAAUAACCAUUUGUGCAAUAAUAUUUGUUGAAUGUCCAAUCACUUUAUUUUUCUUAUAAAUGUUUUUUGUGUAAAUAUUACUGUGACAAACUCCCCUUUUCCUGUGAGUCUGCCACGAGUCCUAGGAGGGGCGUGCUUGACAGCCUCCUGCCCACAGACUAUGGAACAUGUAAACUGUGUCUAUUUGAAUGAUAUGUUUCGGUAACUGAGCAGCCGCACGAACCGGAGACCACCCUGGAGUUUGCUAAAGUAAUUGAUGCAUUGUUGCAAUUGUUGAUACAUUGUUGCAAUUUCCACUGCAGUGGUCUAAGUUUUCGUCUGGGCGGCCGCAAUUCCUAUGGACGACCACUAGGUGGCGGCCAUCUUGUUCGCAUGAACCAAAACCACGAAUAGACUUCAGGGGGACUUAGCCGUGAAUGCCCUGGAACUAUUUUCGGCAUGAAAACUUUGCGGUUCCCGGUCUGUCCUCCAGCGGCACUUAGCUGCAAUUCUAUGGAACUAUUUUCGGCUAUGGGACCAUGGCUGCGAUCGGUAAAGACUAUGAAUUCCAUAAAAUUUCUGAACCCCUGAACUGAUCUGGGUGAUUUUUGGAUAUGUUGGUCACCCAGAUCAAGGCUAUCAAGGGAUGUAACAUUUGUGGGGAUAUGUGUUUUGGGGUACUUUUGGGUCUUUUUAGAAAUAUGGUUUUUUUUUCUGCCUGUAGAUAAUUGAAUUGAUACAGUAUCGGACUUAAUUAUCUCCCAGGCAGAGAGAAGGGAUUGUAUUUUUGUUAUUGGAGUGUCGUGCAUUUAAUCACUGUUCUUAUUGGUCUGUGUCUUUGUGUUGGAGUCCCCAACAAGGUCCAUGUGGGCAUACCCCUUGUAUGGGGAUUGUCAUAAAAGGCCAGUGUGGCUACCAUUAAACCAGUUCCUCUUCACCCUCAACAUAGUCUAAUCUCAUGUGUGGAGGGGACAGCUAUAUUCACACUAGGGAUUGCUAUACUCAUUAUACUCCCCUGGGUUCUAAUCACUAGCUCUUAUAAGAGUUGUUCCUGCUACGAUCUCUGGAGUUUCACCCACUGGAAGCUGGAUCAUGGUCUUGGGUCCAGGGUGGGUGGAGGACAGCGAGAUCCCCAACCAAGUCUACAGUGCUGAUGGUGUCUGGUGGAGUGCUUGGAGUCCUCGUUGAGCACUAGGAGCAUCGAUUGACGGAGGCACCCAAUUGGGUCACAAUUACGUGUUUUGGACUACUGUUAUUUGCAAGGUUAACACACCUUUUGAAACUCCUUAAAACCAAAAUCUGUCUGUGUUGUAAGUUUUGUUAGAAUCCUAUUCUUUGAUAGAAUGCGGCAUUCUCUUCACAAAAUUAAAGGGAUCCUAUAGUGCCAGGGAAAACAAACCCUUUUCCUGGUACUAGAGGCUCCUGGAGUGCCCCCCUCCCGCGGGGCUAAAAGUGCCUCGGUGCUGGAUCAGGCUCCGUCCGCGCUCCUCCCCCGACGACUUUAGCCAGCGGGGGAGAGCUAAUGCGCAUGCGUUGCAAUGGCUGCGCGCGCGCAUUACACCUCCCCAUAGUAAAGCAUUGUUUAAUGCUUUCCUAUGGGGAAAAUCUGAUCCUGGAGAUCCUUGAGGACGUCCAACGUCAGAUAACGGACCAAAAGUCCCUUUGGAUUCCGGAAGCCCUCUAGUGGCUGUCUUCUAGACAGCCACAGAGGGCAGACUUAGAGCUGCAAUGUAAACAUUGCAAUUCUCUGGAACUGCAAUGUUUUACACUAUAGCACUAAGUGCAAAAGGGUCAUAGCACCCAGACUACUUCAAUGAGCUGAUGUGAUCUAGGUGCCUACAGUGUCCCUUUAAGGUUGCACAGAUAUUCUGUAUCGUGGAAACCUGUUUUUUCGUUUUGUGUUAUUGUGUUGUUUCCUCUUUUUCUUUCUCUCUUGUGUACCUUAAAAACAGUGCAGGGAAGGAGCAGGAUAGACCUUAAUCUAAGUAAUGAAUAACUGUCAUCAUAUAGAAUGAAAUUAACAUAUUGACAAAUCUACCAUUUUUAUUUUAUCUUCCUACUCUAAGUUGCUGAAUUAAUAUAUCUGUGGACAAACUCACAACUGGUCACUUGUGUGUAUGUUGUACAUGUAAUGUGCACAGACCUUUUUGGGCACAGAAGUCGUUCACAUGACCUCCUGUAUUGUUAUCAUAAUACACCACCAGAGGGAGACAUACUUCUACAUUAAAUAAGUGCUUAUCCAUUGCUGCACAGUAAAAACACAUUGCAUAGAAAGAAAAUCAGGCUCGACUGAGGCUUUACAUUUCUUUUGAAGUUGACAUUUAUGAAUUGGAAACAAGGCACACUCUAAACACGUUUUAUACAUGUUUGGAAUGUUUCUUUGAAUACAUUAACAUUUAACCUAUACAUUGUGCUAACUAAAUUUUCUAUAGAUCUUUAUUAACCUUUAAACUACAACUGUGGACAACACAGUUGGACAUUUAAUCUAGCUAUCAAAUGUGUUCUAGGUUAUGUUCCUGUAACCUUUAUGUUCAUGGGUUUCUAGUUAAGUAUUUUACUAUUAGCCAUAUAUUAAUGGAAGUAGUUCUUAUUUGAGGUUUUCAUGAGAGAGAGUUUACUAUUUCAUAUAUUAGAAAAAAUAUAUAUUUUAUUUAUAUGAAAUAUACUUUUUAAUAAUUUCUACUUGCCUACAAAAUAGUAAAAAGUAAAAAUUCAGAGUGCUAUGAACCCAUUAUUGAAUGAGUAUAUCCUCAGUACGUUUAACCACAGCAGCAUAAUGUAAUAGUGGCCACACAUCUGAUAUCUAUGAGUGUAAGAAGUGGGGUUAAACUAGGGGAUUGAGCAGCUGAAUGCUUUCAGGAUAGGGAAGUAACUCUUGUCCCUUAAGUCCCACUCAUCUUGCUUCCUUUUUUCCAUCCACUGGGCAGUUAUUGUGACAGUGCUUGGUGGGAAUUAUUUUCUAUUCCAAUGAAUGCACAGGGGCUGCUUGACUUCCCAGCCCUGUGAUGGUAAACAGUUUGAUAUUAGACUGGGGGAUUGUGCCAGGGUACUUUAAAGGGACACUAUAGUUACCAAAAAAACAUAAGCUUCAUAAAGCAGUUUUGGUGUACAGAUCAUGCACCUGCAGUCUUACUGUUCUGCCAUUUAGGAAUUAAAUCACUUUGUUUAUGCAACACUAGGCACACCUCCGUGCAUUCGAUUUACACAGCCUUCCUAAACACUUCCCGUAAAGAGUCAUCUAAUGUUCACACUUCAUUAUUGCAAAUUCUGUUUAAUUUAAAAUUUCUUAUCUCCUGCUCUGUUAAUAGAUUGCUAGUCCCUGCAGGAGCCUCCUUGUGUGUGAUUAAAGUUCAAUUUACAGAUCAGGAGAUAACUUUUAAAAUAACUAAUUUUGGAUUGAAAAUUAAAUAAUUUUGUUUUCAUGCAGGCUGUGUGAGUCACAGCCAGGGGAGGUGUGGCUAGGGCUGCAUAAACAGAAACAAAAGUGAUAUAACUCCUAAGUGGCAGUGAAACUUCAGAGACAUUACCUAUACACCAAAAUUGCUUCACUAAAGAGACCCUCUACUGACCAAAUAAAUAAACAUUUCUGUUUAGUAGAUAUACCCCAAAUGGAAACUUGCAUGCAUUUAAUUAUGCUUUUUUUCAUUAUUGAUGUAUCUAAAAUCAGCUUGCAAAACAUGCAGCUCUCUUGUCUGCUGCCUUUGCAAGCACUCCCCUUCAAACCUUGCCCAGACUUUCUGCGGCUGUCCAAUCACAGACCUCCAAAUGCAGCUCAAUGAGAAGUCUUUGUAAGUCAGGUGCUCUGGGCAAUAGCUGCUUCUUGAGGUCAGCUGCAUUAAGCUAACCAAACCAGGAAAUAACAGGACCUGUUGUCUACUUGAAGGCUAAGGGGGUAUUAACUAGGUUAAUUUAUAAAAGUGUCAAUUUCUAUUGAAAUCUGCACUUUUUGCAAAAUGAAAAAAUAAAAACAGGACACUCUUCAAACAUAAAGUGUUUCAGCUAAAAUUGUUUAGGGUUUUGUUUAGGGACCCUUUAAGCAGUGUGUGUGUGUGUGUGUGUGUGUGUGUGUGUGUGUGUGUGUGUCUCUCUCUCUCUCUCUGUCGGUAUUUUCACUUUGUUUAUGAUUAAGCCACCAGAGCACCAGGUACUAUAUUUAUUUUUCUAGUUGGAGUGCAGGGGUAUUUUGUAUUUUCUUUUUAUAUAUAUAUAUAUAUAUAUAAGAUUUUGAGAAUUUAGAUUUUGUGGGUCCAAAUCCCAAAAUGCUAUACAUUUGUUCCUGCCUGGCAGCAGGGCCGCCAUCAGAAAUUGUGGGGCCCCUAACACAGCUUAAGGUCUGGGCCCCUGGGUGCCUGCCUCCAAGCCCCGCCUCCAAAUCCCGCCCACAGGAAUACACAGACACACACACAGAAAGAUACACACAUACUGAAACAGACAUACACACAUAUAGAGACACACACACAUACUGACGGACAUACAUACAUACAUAAUGGCAUACAUACACAUACAUACUGAUAUACAUACAUACAGAUACACACACACACACAGAUAUAUACUGACAUACACACACACAGACUGACAUACAUACUGAUAGCUAUAUACAUACAUACAGACACACACACUGACAUACACACACACAUACAUACAGACAUAUAUACAUACUGACACACACACAGACAUUUAUAUACAUACUUGCAGACACGUACGUAUACACACACACCUCAUUUAUCAGCCACCCUCCUCUUACCUUUAAGUUGCAGGAGGGUGGCUGGGGAUGAUGGAAGCAGAUGCCUCUGCUCUCCCUCUCCCCCCGCGCGGAGUAAGCUGGGAGGAAGUGAUCGGCUGUCACUUCCUCCCAGCAGCACUUGCGGUGUAGCCGCAAUUUUUUUUAAAGUGCCCGGUCGCGCAACUACACAGUCGCAGAUGCACCUGCGGCAGUUUCACCGCUCCACAUGGGGCUCGGGCCGCCAGACCCAUGACAACCGCCAUGGUUGUCACCUCCUGAUGGCGGCCCUGCCUGGCAGUAAGAUAAGUGCACUAUGGGAGUAUAGUGAUAUACAUGCAGCUAAUCUUGUAAGAAAUACAAUAACAUUAUUCCCAUACCUCAAUCCUGUAGAAUGAUAGUGCAGGCCUCACGAGUGUGCUGGAAAUCCAGUGCAACCAAAAAAAAGAGAGGAAUGUCAUAGCUCUGCUUGCCACUUAACAAGUCUGAAGUAGGCCUUAAGCACCAUAACCACUAAACCCCACUAUCGUGGUUAUGGUGUCAGGAUUGUUUUGUCAACGUACCUUGUUCCUCUGUGUACAUGUGCUGAAUUCAGAGGUCUCCACUGAAAUAAGCCCGGCCUACAAAAGUGGCCCUGCACUGCUCAGUGGAGCUAAUUUGAUUCUUUUAAAACAUUCUUAAACAGUUCACUUUUUACUUUAGCACCAUAACCAAUACAGCAUACAUUUGUUUGUAGCAUUAUUAUGAAUUAUAUUGCAGAUAAAGAUUACCAUAAGUAAAUCAACAUAUACAAUAUUCUUAACAAUUUAAAUGGAAGUGGUGAUAGCUUUAUGGUGUAGAAUAUCUGAAAACGUCUUAUAGGUUUUUAAAAGAGUGCUAUUACAAAACUUGGGCUCAUUGACCUCUUGCGUGCCAUUCUGCAAAGAAAAGUCUUAGUAAUAUGGGUUUUGUUUUUAUAAAAAGGACUGAGAUCAUCUAAAAAUCAUUGCCAUAUAUUACUGACAGUUUUCAAGGCAAUGUUUAAUGAUACUGGUGCUGUUAAGCAAGUACAAACAUUAGGAGCCACUACAUAAAACACUCUUAUCAAGACUUUUAAAACGCAUUGUUUUCGGUCUCUAAUAAUCCAAAACGGUUUUGCAUUUCAGGCACAGCUAGAAGGCAUUAUUGCGCCCAAGAAGUAA